CGCGUGUCGUUAGCGGUAGUAGUUGGCGACCGCUCAAGAUUUGAGACUUGCAGCUACGUGAAGCUGCAGGGCCGUCAGUCGUGAUCAGCUGAGGCCGCCGCUGCUUCAAGACAGCGGGAGGCAGCCGAGUGCGGCUCCGAGAGGCGCACCGCCAGGCUCCCGGCUUCACCAUGGCGAAGCACAUUCGAUGGGACAACCUGUUCACGUACGACACCCUCGUACACGCCGUCGGAGGGGCCGCAGGCAGUGCGGUGGCCAUGACUGUGUUCUUUCCUCUCGACACGGUCCGCUCCCGUCUUCAAGUCGAGCAGCACCGCGAAUCCAAGAGCACCCUGGCCCUCCUGCGUGAGAUCCUGCGCGACGAAGGACCCAACGGUGUGUACCGGGGCUUGGGACCCGUGCUGACGUCGCUGUGGUGCUCGAACUUCGUCUACUUCUACUCGUUCCACGGUCUCCGGGCGGUCGUCUCCGCGGGGGACGCACGACGGCACGGAGCCCUGUCGGACCUGUUGCUGGCUGCCGUCGCCGGUGUCGUGAACGUCCUCACGACCACGCCGCUGUGGGUCGUGAACACGCGUAUAAAGAUGCAGGGAGCCAAGCUAGCCGCCGGCGAUCGAGAGUCUCUCCGGAAGCACCCGCGCUACGAGGGUCUCUGGCACGGUCUCGUGCAGAUCGCCCGCACCGAGGGCUUGUCGGCCCUGUGGGCGAGCACCUUACCUUCGCUCGUGCUCGUCUCCAGCCCCUCGGUGCAGUUCAUGGUUUACGAGGCGCUCAAGCGGCGCGCAGGCAGCGCCGGCGUGCCCCUCAACGGCGCCGUGGUUUUCCUCAUCGGAGCGGUGUCCAAGGUUAUAUCUACGAUGGCCACUUACCCGCUGCAACUUGUGCAAGCAAAGCUGCGCUACGGAUGCCCUCCGGAGCUAGCCAACAAGAACCUGCUCGGAAUUCUGAUGCACAUCGCUCGAACGCAGGGACUCCCCGGUCUCUACAGGGGUCUCGAGGCCAAGCUCUGGCAGACUGUUCUGACAGCGGCUCUCAUGUUCGUCGCUUACGAGAAGAUCGUGCGCUUCGUCAUGCAGAUAUUGAGACCAUCGGCGGUUCGCCGAGCCGCUUAGUGAAUCAAAUGACUACACGAGACUGCAAAAGAGGUUCCCGACUUGUUUUUAUUUUCUUUGUGUUUUUUUUUUAUACGACGUCCCAUAGCUGUGCUGUCGGUCACCUUCGCCCGAGCGAUAAACGCCGAGACUGCCAGCUGCUAAAUUUCGUGUAGGCAGCCUGCAGAAGGUCAUCCAGAUGGCCCGCCAACUGUGUGAACAACAAAACGUGCAACACAACCAUUAGGACUGCAUGUAGGGAUAUCCUGAGAAAAAAAUUUAACAAAUGCAAUAUGAACAAAUGACAGUAGUUCAAUAAACUUUCUUUUCAAUCGUU